CAAGUGACAACAACUCGACGGUUCACUUUCACAGGCAUUCAUGAAGACGUGAGGCUCUUUUAAAAUCUUUUUCCAUUGGGGUUGGAGAGACGAUUAUCCUACAAUGGAAGUGACUGAGGAUUUCUACAUGUAUGAGUUCAGCAAUGCUGAAGAUGAUGCGCCGGUUUACCAGGACACUGAGGACUUGUUUGCAGCUCUUCGGCAAAAGGAGGAUGAAGUUAUUCUCGCUGCUCAGGUGGGAAACGCUUUGCUCGUGGAAAACAGACAGAUGAAGGAAGAAAGAGACACCUUUCUGGAAAAGUACACACAGCAGCUUGAGGAGCUCCAGCAGAGCAGGUAUGAGCUGCAGGUGAAGCUGGAGAACUGCCAGGCUCAGUGGGAGAGUCAGGUGUUGGAGCUGGAGCGAGACGUGCAGGAACUGCAAGCGCAGGUGGUGAAAAUGAAGCAAAGUCUCCAUGAGGCUGAAAUAGAGAAGAGCAGACUGAAGCAAGAGCACGGCGAACAGUGCCAGAGACUCCGACAGCAACUGCAGAGGGGAAUAGAGGUGGAGCGAGCCAUGACCAGCGAACUGCAAAGACUGAAACAGGAAAUGAGAGAGAGAGGACAGGCCAGACCCCAAGAUGAGGAGAUGAUCAAUGCUCUUCGAGAACAGGUUGCACGACUCACACAGAGGGAGCAAACACUGGAGCAGCGCUUGAAAAUGUCCUGUCACGAAAAUGAAGAACUAAGAGACACGGUGUCCUCGCUGUACACACGUCUGGAUCUACAGGAACAGCAGAGUCACAAAUACACACAACAGCUGGCAGAAGCCUGGCAGGAAGUUGACAGGGUUCGUUUCUGGGCACAAGAUCUGCAGAGUCAGGUAGUGGAGCUCCAGGAUGAAGUGGCGCUCCAGGAGAAGAGUCACAGUGACGCAUCUUUACUGUCCGAACUCGAUAGCAAUCUGGACAUCACAAACUGGAGCCUGAACGCAGAACAGGUCUCUCAGGAGGUGCACCACAUCCUGGAACUACUUCGACCUGUAAUCUCCAGCUCAGAGGCUGAACGGGACUCGGAUGACAGCCUGCAGGGCAUGAUGGGACAGUUGAAACAUGCUGCAGAAUGGAUAGCACAGAGUCAAACACAACAGGAAAUCAGAAAGUCCAUUGUGAGUUUGGGGAGUGAUCCGUGUGAGAAUGCGGUGCAGAUACAGGAGCUUCGGGAUCAGAAUGAGUGUCUUUUAGCAGAAAACACCAAACUCAAACUGCGAACCGAGAGACUUCUGGAUGAGGAGGUGGUCCAGCAGGCCUUAAAGGACCGCGAUCAUGCCUUUGCAAAGAAGACAGCGAUGGAAGCAGAGCUGCUGAAGACUAAACAAGAUAUGAUGUGUUUAAACAACCAACUCCUGGAAGCCAUUCAGCGGAAACUUGAGCUCUCACAGGAACUCGAGGCCUGGAAGGACGAUAUGCAAAUUAUCAUCAAUCAACAGCUCAGAAGCCAACAGCAAACAGAGCAGCAGCAACGGAAGACAUCAGUCGGUCGACUUUCUUUCCUGCACAAAUCCAGACGGCCUUCAUCUUCGCCAUCCACAUUUUCAGAGAUCAGUUCAGUGCAAAACAACUCGCCCUGGAGAGACUGGCUCAAAAUCAGCAAAUAAAACUGCUGCUACUUACCAGCUGUUCCCUGCCAAACUGAGACCUUAUCAGACACUGUUGAGUUGAUGAACAGCUCUAACGUAAAAGACUCCGCCACGAUAGACAUUUUCAUCUUACGUUGG